AUUCCCACCACACCGACCCCGAGUCCCGCCGCCAGACUCGCCCAGCAGUGCACCUAUACCACGGGAAAGAGAGGGAACACACCACAACACCCCGCCGAGAGACGCCACACGACACACGACACAACACACGACACCAUGCCCGGCCCACCACCUCCCCCUCCGCCGAUGCCGCCCAUGGGUCGAGGCGCUGGAGGUCCGCCACCGCCGCCCAUGCCCGGCAUGAAGGCCCCCGGCGGAAAGAAAGCGGCGACGGGCGCAGGCAGGGGAGCGCUGCUGUCAGAUAUUGGCAAGGGCGCACGGCUCAAGAAGGUCACACAGGUCAACGACCGCUCCGCUCCGACAGUCGGCAAGGUCAAGGACGCCGGCGGGGCUGCCAUACCAGGCGCGCCGCCCAUCCCCGGUAUGGGCAGACCGCCUGCAGUGCCCGGCCUUGCGCCGCCAGGGAACCGCGCGAGGAGCAACAGCGACACGGCAGGCGACAGUGGCGCGGCCGCACCGCCUCAGCUGGGGGGUAUAUUCGCCGGCGGCAUGCCGAAGCUGAGGAAGGCAGGGGGCGUGAACACGGGCGCAGAGUCCAAGACGCCCUACCAGUCCGACCCAGAGUCGUCGCGGGGGGCAGCGCCCAAGCCGCCGCGAGGAGCAGCACCGAAACCUCCUGGCGCUCCCCCAGCACCGCCCACGCCAGGCGCCCGACCGCCGCUGAACUCCGUCGGCUCGUCGGCCAGGGCCUCGAGGACCAACUCCAUGGCGUCCAGCAAAGGCGGGAAGCCCAAACCCCCGCCGCCUAUCGGCAAGAAGCCGCCCAUGCCCCCGCCAGCGUCGCGCAAACCCUCUGGAAUCGCUCCCCCGCCGCCCCUCGCCUCGCCAGUGCGGCCUCCACCAGUGCCGGGAAGUGCGCCUCCACCUCUCCCACCACCGUCUACACCGUCUACACCCUCUGCAGCACCUCCCCCACCACCACCGCCACCGCCAGCAUCCGCCCCGCGAGCACCAUCAAGAUCGACGCCACAAACGCCCAAGGCGCAAGAAGAAGACUACGACCCAUACCAAUACGAGGCUCCCACACGACCACCCGCAGCGCCCGCCCCUCCGCCCCCAAAAGCUCCCCCAAGCGCCCACACCCCCUCCCUCGCAGAAACAGCCGCGCGAAACUCAUUCGGCCGCGCCUCCCCAGCCGCCCCACCACCACCACCCCCCGCAGCGGCCCCAAGCCCACCCUCCUCCAUCCUCACCAUGCCCACCGCGCCCCCCGCCGCCCCGCCCAGCCGACCAACCUCCCAAACCCCCCUGCGCUCCAUGCAAGACUCCAGCUCCUACACACUGACAAACGGCGCACGCGCCUCCACGACUAACCUCGCCGCUGCGGCAGGGCACAAGGGCAAGAUCCUGCCCAUUCACGAUCUGAGGUGGAGGUUUCAGGAUGAGGGGCAGUUUCCGGGCCCUAGGGAGUUUUCGAAUGGGCCGAAGAUGUAUCGUGCUGGGAGGGGGAGUAGCGUGCCGUUGGAUUUGAGCGCUUAUGAUUGAGACGAUCUUGGGGAG